AUUAACUUUUAUUCUUCUGGUUUUUUUGUUCCGAUAAAUACGCUCCGUCGCUCCGAGUCCCUCUCCAUGUCUCUUCGUCGCCGCUCUCAGCUUCCUUCUCCGGCGGCGAUUCUCUCAAAUCGUAUCUCUCGUUGAUAGGGAGGCGGGCGAGAAGGCGUUGCGGUCGUGGAUCUCGAAGAGAUCGGAGCAGAUAUGAAUCACUGCGCGAUGCCGCAACAGAACGCCUUCCCCGCCCGCGAAGAGAUCCGAGCUCCCUUCGCCGAGCGGAGGCCGCCGGUCUUCUGCCCCAAGCCGCGGCGGCUAAGCCAGUUUGCUACUGCCGUUGCCGAUCCACUCCGGACCCAUCGACGUCAUUCGAAUUACCAAAUCGACUUCUCUGAUUCGAAGACCGGGGCAGAUCUCCUCGACAUAUUUCUCAGAAAGGGCGAAGACCAGACGCAAGUAACUUCCUCGCCGCCCUUCUUCUGCGGCUCGCCGCCGAGCCGUGCUUCGAACCCAGUGAUUCACGACGCUCGCUUCGGCGAGGAACGCCCACCGCCACCGGCGCUCUUCCCCCCUUCCCCACUAACCCAACCCAAUCCACCGAUGUCCCCCAAGCAAGGUCGUGUCCACGCAAAGUUCGGCCUGGUCCCGGCGGCCGUCCGCGUCGAGGGUUUUGACUGCCUCAACCGCCGCCGCGGGAGCCACAGCAGCAUCACUGCCGUUGCAUGAACAGAAGAGGAAGAGGAAAGGAAGAACAAAAUUAACACCAAAAGCCAAGAAUUUUGAGCCAAAGAUUGGAGCUUUGAAGGAUUUUCCAUGACCUUUCAGUUUUUCUUCCCAAUUGUACAUUUUUCCCCCGUAGCAAUCAAUCUUCUUCUCCUUCUAUUUGAAGUUUUUUCUUUUUUCUUUUCCCCCUUUUUGCUUGAUUCAUGAAAUGGGGUUCAGCCAUUGUUCUUAUGGUCCGAGGCUUCGAAGCUGUUCAUUCUUGCUGGGAAAAAAAAACAACAAAAAGUCUGGAUUGUAACUCGUAUCAUCCAACUCCUCAAAUAUGUAACUAUUCAAUCUGUAAAAAAAGUAUAUGCUUCUUCUUGCUUAA